UAACAUUGGUUGCUAAGCAUUUCAUACGGUCGGACGUGCUUUUGCUGCGACUGCGCGAAUUACUAAAACGCUGUGUUUUUUUGGACCACUCUGGAGGCUGCCAAGGUGUCCAUUUCGGUCAUUUCCUGGUGAAUAUCGAUGUGUUUUCUGAUGGCCAAUUGAGCCAAAGAGUGUGAAUGAGUGUCUUAAUUUCGUGUGGGAUUUAAUUUUUGGCGCGCAAAAUAUUUUUUGCACCAAACAUCUCAGGCUAUCGCUCUGAGAACCUUACCCCAUUGACUUGCUGGACCAGAUGAGGUCCAAUAUCUCUCAAGUGUGUUUACAUUUGCCAGAUAGGCUGGAAAUUUAUGUUGCAUAUAAUUCAAAAUAUAAUCACUUUACGACCAAGAAAAAGUAUUUUGACCUUUUAAUAAUAAAUAAUAAUGCAAAAUAAUAAAUUAAUUAUGGAUUUUGCAUAGAGAAAGACGUUUAAAAAAAUAGUACCUAUAUAUCUUUAGAGACUUUUAAUCAGUUAAUUGUGAGAAAAUUGAGACGUUGUAUUCGUGACACAUUUCGUUUGUUUCCUAUUCAUCGACUGAUGCAAAUAAAUAAGAGGUGACCUUUUAAACCUGAGUUUGUUUUGACUGAAAGUGAAUAAAUACUCACAAGGAAUUUUUUGUGCUUUUAGCCACAGUGCGUGUGCUUUCGCGUGAGGAAUAAAAAAAAAGAGACGCUUACUCUUGUGAAGUGUACAAGAAACUCUAAUACCGUGGAAUUGUACAAAAAAAAAGUCAUUUUCUCUUGAAAUUACCAACAAAGCCCAAUCAAAAUCUUUUUGAGAAAGCUACGAGUGCGGCAUUUUUUUGUACAGGAACACUCUGUGUGUACAAUUUGUUGUGCUAUUCCUGGGCACAUUGGUGUCCAGUAAAGUUCAUUUUGAAUUGUAUUUGAAUGAGAAAUUAUUGCCCAAUUCACCCAAUCUAAGCAUACGAUUGUUGCAUAAAGUGCUGGAUGAUUGUGAGAAUUGUGAUUACAUGCGACAACGGAGCUAUAACUGUUUGUACACAAUCCCUGAACUGACAAUCUCAUCUUGAUGCUAUGACAUAUUCAUUGGUUCAUGGAUUAGCAGAAGAGUGAUAAUAAUCAGAAUGGAUCUUUUGGCGGCAUUUGUUGUCUUCAUGACACUAUCUUCAUCGCUAGUGGUAUUAUGUGAGAAAGAACAUGACUUUAGAUACAUCGCUUAUCAAGAUUUGCUGCCGACAUCGAGCCGUUUCACUGAUGGGAAUGUCACAUCAUUUUCACGUUUGCUCUUCGAUGUCGCCAGAGAUCAAGUGAUUGUUGGAGCCAGAGACACCCUGUAUCGCCUAUCUUUUGGCUUGGAGAUUCGAGAGAGGAUGCCAUGGGAGGCAUCAACAUCAAUCCAGGAAACCUGCCAGAACAAGGGUCAAAGUGAAAAUGACUGUCACAACUACAUAAUGGUGCUGCAAAACUACGGGAAUCGCCUCUAUGCAUGCGGAACAUAUGGCUUCAGUCCUUUUUGCUCGUGGCGUCAGAUGGAAAAUCUGACAGUGCUGAAUUAUGACAAGGGGGUCGCCAAGUGCCCCUUCAAUCCUCAUGCCAACAUCACAGCCCUGAUGACCGACAAUGGGCAAAUUUUUGUUGGCUCCCCCACCGACUUCUCUGGCUCUGAUCCAGCAAUUUUGCGAGCAGACGUGGCCCAGGACAACUCACGUAUGCUCCGGACGAAUCAGUACAAUUCCAAGUGGCUCAAUGACCCUCAAUUUGUCGGGAGCUUUGAGGCUGGGGAAUUUGUGUACUUCAUCUUCCGUGAGACUGCAGUGGAGUAUAUAAAUUGUGGCAAAGUUGUUUACUCUCGCAUUGCCAGGGUGUGCAAAAAUGAUCCUGGUGGAAGUCACAUUCUCAAAGAUAAUUGGAUAUCAUUCCUCAAAGCCAGGCUUAAUUGCUCCCUACCGGGGGAGUACCCAUUUUAUUUUGAUGAAGUUCAGGGAAUUUCAUAUUCACACGAAGAAGGGGUGCUCUAUGCCACUUUCACCACGCCAAUUAAUAGCAUUCAUGGGUCUGCUAUUUGUGCCUUCAACAUGUCAGCUAUUCAUGCGGCAUUUUCGGGACCAUUUAAGAUCCAAGAAUCCAUGGGAUCGGCAUGGGAGCGUCAAGACUCCCCCCAUCGCGAUCACUAUGAGUGCAAAAUGGGUCGCGGAAGAACCGCACAGAGGCAUCAACUUCUCGAUUCUUCACGGUAUCAACUGAUGGAUCAAGCAGUUCAGGCCACAACACUCCAUCCGUUGCACUAUUCGCACCUCGAAAGGUUCUCCCACAUCGCUCUGGAUGUGAUUUCCACGAAAUUACAUGAGAGUGUGCGGAUAAUCUAUGUGGCGACGGAGGAUGGGCUCGUGAAGAAGAUCUCAGUGCUGCCGCGGACAAAGGAGACGUGUGUUGUGGAGAUAUGGCGACCCGAAAUUAGUUCCAGUAUCCCCAUUCGCACGAUUCAGUUUCUCAAGGAGACUGAAUCACUGUACAUCGGCACCGAUAGGGCACUCAUGAAGAUUUCAGCAUACCACUGCAAUCGUCAUGUGUCCAAGGCGAGCUGCCUCAAUGCCAUGGAUCCCUACUGUGGAUGGAAUGAGAUGCUGGAGAUGUGCACAGGGCCACCCAGUGGGGACACUUUAGCACGCUACUGGAUUCAGAAUGCCACAGAAUGUCCCGUUCUCACGGCCCCCGUUGACGGUGGAUGGUCAGCCUGGACGGAAUGGGAAAAAUGCGCUCAAUCACCUGGAGGAGCCAUAUCUGAACACAACACAAAUACAGAUACUUGCCUCUGUCGGCGAAGGUCCUGCGACAAUCCAGCACCGAAGAAUGGUGGUCAAACGUGCACGGGAAUGUCCACGGAAGUCACCAACUGCACCGUCCAUGGUGGUUGGACCGAGUGGAGCCCCUACUCGCAGUGUUCUCAGUCCUGUGGAGUGGCCGUUAAGACACGGCGACGCACGUGCUCCAACCCGAAACCAGCUCACGGUGGAAGAGUGUGUGUUGGACCUGAUCGUUCAGAGAUCUACUGCACGAUGCUGCCUCCGUGUCCAGCACCCAAGCAACCUGCCAUCGAUGGAGGCUGGGGACCUUGGGGCGCCUUCGGGGACUGCAGCUCUCCGUGCGGGGGCGGCUUCAGAAUUCGUCGCAGAAAAUGCGACAAUCCCACACCACAGAAUGGUGGCAUAGAUUGCCCCGGAUGCAGCAUAGAUUAUGAAAUUUGCAACAGUACUCCAUGUUCUGAGGUGAAGCGCCUCAGCUCGUGGACGCCGUGGUUGAUGGAGUUGAAUGGCACAACAGGUGAUGGGGGCCACACAGAGCGACGGUUUCGCUAUCUCUGCAAAGCCUCAGUGGCUGAUUCCUCGACACUGCGCAUUGCCUUGGCAAAGGAAGAGACGCGUAUUUGCCAGCCAGAUGGGACGUGUCACAGGACUGGCGACAUUUCUGACCCAGGAUGGGGUGAGUGGGGACCCUGGGGGCCAUGCAGUGUUUCAUGCGGUGGUGGCCAGCAAUUCCGGACACGCCAAUGUGAACGAGUAAAUGGGGAAUGCGAAGGGACGGGAAAGAUGGCAAGGGCAUGCAAUACCCAACCCUGCAGAGGUCAAUGGGGAUGCUGGACUGAUUGGUCUCCAUGCUCUGUAUCCUGCGGCGUUGGGAAACGCACCAGAACACGCCAGUGUCUGUCAUCUACUGAUUCCAGCGAUGCCAGUGACUGCGAUGGUUCACCCAUUCAGCAGGAGAUUUGCGAAAUGCCGAGUUGUGAUACUUUCUUGGGAUGGAGCCAAUGGAGCGAAUGGAGUGAGUGCAAUGAUAUUGGGGAAAGGACUCGGACACGGAAGUGUCUCACCACGAACCCCACAUCGAAAGAGUGCCAGGGUGAGGAGAGGGAUAUACGACCGUGUGCACCACCUGCUGCUGCCAAUACGGACACUGCCUCCGUUGGUGUGGUUAGCAUAAUUUCCAUCGUCAUCUUCGUAACUGUCUUCUGUUGCUUCUUGACCUUCAUUGUCACGAGGCAUUGGUACACAAGGAAGCAACCGAUGGGGAUAAAGAAUAUGCCGAGAUCUCCGUGCUAUGACACUUAUCCCAAUCAAUAUUCAAGUCUCCCCACAAAGGAUUACCCAGAACCAAGGCAUAAACCCAAGAGACAAUCAUCAUUCAACUCUCAUGGUUCAAGUAGCUCCAAGAACAUCCCCAAUGGGCAUGGGACACUCACAAAGUCCAACAAUAUGAUGGGCAAUCAUACGCCAAAAGUCCUUUCGAAAUCAUUUGAACAGGAAACGGCAACGAUUAAGAGAAAUUCCCACUCGCUCAACAACGUUAAACCCCCACCACGUACUGUUAAUGACGAAGAAAAAUUCUAAGGAGAGCUCCCCAGCCCCCUGUGGAUUAGCUCGUCCUCCGGAUUCAGAAACUUUUUCUUUAAGAUUCCCCUUGAACAUAUAUACAACGCAAUGUCGCAUGAGAAAGUACAAAUUUUUUUUGCAUCAUCGAGAAGCAUUUAUCAUGAUGAAAUCAUCCGUCGGAAAGAAUCAUUCCUCCGCGAAAAAGACAAGUAGGAUUAAUUUUCAAAAUUACAGCAAUAAAAUGGGCAAAUAAAUGUUGCUCAAACUGAUAGAAUAGAUUAUGUAGGGAAAAAAAGUCUCUAGAAUUUAAUGAUGACCUCACAACAUUCUAUCCUCCCCCCGAUUCUUUUGUAACAAUAUAUUAUUUUACAAAGUAAAAGUGUGAAUAAGUGCCAAAUUAAUAUCUUAAAUGGAGUUUACAGAAACACCCCAUCAUUUUGUAAAUACCCAUUAAAAAUCAGAAUAUUUUUUUCUUUAAAUGUGACUUAAAUUUAUCUGGUAACAAAUCGCUGCCAAGCCAGUUAUUGAUAAUUUUUUUUUCAACUAGUUCUUAGUGCUAAUGUCGAAAUGUGAUGUUAGUUUUAUGCGAUAGAUAUUCUGUAAACGAGCAAAAGUGCAUUUUUUUUAAAUUAAAAAUAUAAAAGAUAAUAAAGGCUGAUUUGUAGAAUAUAGUCAUCGGAAACCUAGGGUAUUAUCCAAGAUCGCUAAAAAUUUUAAUUCCAUCCUAACAAUAGAAAAAAACUCGAAUUUUAGGAAACAAAUGGUAGUCCAAAUUAGUAUCUUGUUUAUAACAAAACUUUUGAUAACAUUUAAAAAAAAAAGAUUUUUUUUUACAAAGUUUUUAAUAACCAAAAAUACAGCUCAGUAAAUUUAUUAAUGGGAAGGUUAAUCAACGUGCCAUUUAGAAAGUUAGAAUAAAAUGCUUUUCUAAAAAAAUGGGAUUUAAUUUUCUUUACUUAUCAAACUUAUAUAGGUAAAAUUUCAAUUUUAUUAAUUCAUUAAUUAAUGUGAAACCGUAGCUCACAUUGAGUGUUUCAAAUAAGUUUAAAUUUAAAAUUUUAGAUAAUAUUUUGUAUAGAUAACGAUAAAUUUUAAUAAAAAGUAAACAUUAAAAAACUUAAGGAGAAUUUUUCAUUUCGUUUAAACUGAAAAUUGCAAUAAAAUCUAUUUAUUAGGAUUUUAAUAAUUUUUCAAUUAAUAAAAGCAUAAUGUGAAUAGAAUUUCAAUUUAUUGUAAAACAAAAUUUUAAUUGUAAAAUUAAAUAAAUUUUUAUAAUGCCUAAAAU